UGACGUUCAUUAUUGCCAACAUUUAGGAAAAAAAAAUAAAAAAUGACAAAAGUGUGCUGUCAUUUUUCUGACCAUCGAAUCAAUCACUGUUGAUUUUCUAAAACAAAAGUUUAUUAUUGCGUUUCGUAGGGAAAGAUGUUUCGAGCCAAUAAUUUUGAUAAGUUACUUGAUAAAGCGACAAGUAAUCUACGCUUGGACCCCGAUUGGCCGACAAUCCUACAAAUAUGUGAUUUGAUUAGGCAAAAUGAUUGUUCACCAAAAUAUGCAGUGGCAGCAGUAAAAAAGAAACUGUAUUCACAGAACCCUCACCAGGCUAUGUUUGCUCUCCUCACACUAGAGAGUAUUGUUAAAAAUUGUGGCUCUGGCGUACACGAUGAAGUAACAUCGAAGGCUUUUUGUGAGAUGCUACGUGAUCUAGUGAAGACAACACAACACGACAAUCUGCGCAACAAAAUACUAGAACUCAUUCAAGCUUGGGCUUUCGCCUUCCGAAACUCACCGAAAUAUAGAGCUGUGCAGGACACAGUGAACAUUUUAAAAGCGGAGUGUUACAAGUUUCCUCCACUCAAGGAGUCUGACGCUAUGUUUUCUGCUGAUACUGCCCCGGAGUGGGCUAACGGAGAGGUCUGUCACAGAUGCCGAGUGGCAUUCUCGUUGAUGGUGCGCCGGCAUCACUGCCGUGCUUGUGGGCAAGUCUUCUGCCAGCAAUGCAGCUCCAAGACAUCUACAUUACCCAAGUUUGGUAUAGAAAAGGAGGUGCGUGUCUGUGAUGCUUGCUAUGAUAAAGUUAGCAGACCGCCACAGUCAUCCACUAAACUGGAUAUUGUGGAUACUUCCAGCGACUAUGGACCCACAGCGGCAACUCAGCAGAAGCGUACCGGUGGCAAGACAGCUGAGGAGCUGCAGGAGGAAGAGGAACUGCAGCUGGCGCUCGCUCUCAGCCAGUCCGAGGCCGAGCAGAAAGAAAAGGAGCGCAAGUCGCGCGCUCACAUCUUGCCAGAACCGACACCGCACCAUCCUACUGUGUCACCAACGCCAUCAUCGGUAAGCGCUUCGCCGGAGCACAGCACGCAAGCCAACUCGGAGCUGUCGCGGUACUUGGACCGCAACUACUGGGAGCAGCGCCUCUCACGAGACAAUGCCGUCGCGCCCACUGCGCCCGCACCCGCUUCACAUGCCUCUGAUAUUACUGAAGAGUUCCCGAAGCCUUCAGCCACGAAAGCUCAAGAUGAUGACGCCGAAGAUAAAGAAAUUGACGAAUUUGUUGAAUCUCUGAAAUCUCAAGUUGAAAUAUUUGUUAACAGAAUGAAAAGCAACUCUUCGCGAGGCCGAUCAAUUGCAAAUGAUACUGCCGUUCAGACUCUCUUCAUGAACAUAACGGCGAUGCAUUCCCGACUAUUGCGCUAUAUACAACAGCAAGACGACAAACGUGUCUACUUGGAGAGUUUACAGGAUAAAGUCACUCAAAUCAGAGACAGUCGCGCGGCUCUCGAUACGCUGAGGGCCGAACAUGCAGCCAGACUAGCAGCCGCCGCUGAAGCUGCCGAGCGACAGAGACAAAUGCAAAUGGCCGCCAAACUGCAAGCCAUGAGGAAGAAAAAGCACGAGUAUCUGCAGUACCAGAGGCAACUGGCUUUACAGAGAGUACAGGAACAAGAGAGGGAGAUGCAGAUGAGGCAAGAACAACAGAAGCAUCAAUAUUUGAUGAAUGCUAACAACUACUACAUGCCUGGUGCCAUGCAACAAUACCAGAGUGGUUACCCGAAUCCCAAUCAACCAAUCUAUGGCAACCCCCAGUUUCAUCCACAAAACAUGAUGCCUCAAGCCACCACUGACAGCAAUGCACCUGGAUCAGUUCCAGGACAAGCUCAAAUGUCCACAGCUAAUAUGCCUAUGAGCAUGAACCAGAUGGGAACAAUACAGUCCAUGCCACAGCUCACAAAUACAUUUGCUGCUAUGUCCACAUCAGCUGGAGCUAUUAAUCAAAGCUCCGUCAGUGCUCAGCCAUCUAUGAAUCAGUCAAACUUACGACCCAAUUUAACUCAACAAUUACCAUUGCAACAACAAAUGCUUCUACAGCAAAUGCAUCAGAUGCGAAUGCCUGUGCAGCCAGGUAUGCACCAAAUUGUGCCACAAACUAUUGCUAAUGGCAUGCCUGGACAAAACAUUCCACAACAGAAUGGGCAAACUGCUCAGUUGCCCAAACAAAACAUGCCAAAUCAACCCCAACAACAGCAACAACCAGGUGGUAUGAUGCCUCAGAUGUCUGUUGCCCAACAAAAUCUCAAUCAACAGUUAAUAAAUCCCAACAAUCCAAUGAUGGGACUUCAGAUGCAAAAUAUGCGAAUGCCUCUCAUGCAAGGUAAUCAACCAAAUGUUAACCAACAAGUGCCAGUGUCUGGAUACCCCACCAUGAACAUUCAAAACCAAUCUAACAUUCAACAACCUGUAUCUCAAGCUCAGAAUAUGCAACCACAGUCACAAAUGCCUAUGCCUGUGCAGGCCAUGUCUAUGCAGGGACAGCAAAUGAUGCAGGGGCAAUCAUUACCUGGACAGGCUCAGGGUGUACAAAUGAAUAAUAAUGCUCCACAAACAAACCAAAAUUUACCUGCCCAAGGUCAGCAGGUGCCUCAAACACAAGGCCAGCAAAUGCCACAACACCUACAUCAGCCACAGAUGUCAGUUAAUCAACAAAUGUCCAUGCCUGGCCUCGGAAUGCAACCAUCAAAUCAGCAAAUGAUGAUGCAAGGACAGCAAAUUGCUUCUCAAGGUCAGAUGAUGAUGAACCAGGGACAAACACAGCAAGGACAAUUACCUGGCUCUCAGCAAAUGAACCAAGGACAAAUUUCAUCUCCCCACCAGGGUCAAAUAUCAGGUGGCCACCAAGGACAACUGCCGACUAUCCACCAGGGUCAAAUAUCAGGUGGCCACCAAGGGCAACAGAUGCCACAAGGUCAGUUACCUCCUGGCAAUCCAGGCCAGAUGCAAAUAGGUCAACAGAUGCAAAUGGGUCCCUCUCAGCAGAUGCAACAGGUUCCACAAAUGCAAGCCCAGCAAAUGCAGGGUCAGCUGCCACAACAAGUGGGAAUGCCUCAGCAGAUGCAGCAGCCUUUACAACAAGGACAGCCUGGUCAAAACAUGCCAGGACAACCAAAAAUGCAACAGCCGAACUUUAACAACGCCCCGCAAGGGCCUUCGCCGUCCGGCACCAAUCCACAGCAGCAGCAGCAGCAACCACAAAGCAAGCCUGAACAUAAUAACAACACGGCUGAACUUAUAAGUUUCGAUUGAGACUACCAAUGGGCUAACUGAGGGAUCUCUACAAAUGAAUGACUGGAAAUAAUAACACUUGUUCUACGUAAUAUAAACUAUAUGCAAUCAUUUUUUGCACUUAGAUAUUGUGCUAUGUUGUGAGUUUUAAAACCAAAAUAUUGUCAUGUAUAGAUAAAUUUGAGAUUUUAUAGUUAUAAAAAAUAAUGCCUUUACUUAUAAAUGUUGUAAAUGUGAUAAUGUAAAAUUAUAAAGUCCAUUCCUCCAAUCUAGAAUGUCAGAAAGUAAGGUUACAAAAAAAUUUGGAAUGCCGGAAUGCCUUUGACGCGUUUAUAAGUAAAGUAAUUUUGAUGCUUUUAAAUAUCACAAAUAGUAAACAACUAUAUUAUUUAUAUUAUCGUUAAGAUAGACCAUGAUCAAAAUUCGGCAGCAAAUAAUUACUACAUUAUCAUGCGAAUCAAAA